CGUACUACUACUACAUACCUAGGUACCUUACCGCACCUCGUCCUCUCUUCCUGCUGCGUACCUCCCAUUGCACUACUCUUACUCCCCUCUUUGCAAAGGAGAUAUCUGAAGAAUAAUAAUCUGAAAAACUGUCUGACAUCUCUCUAUUUCCUUUUUCCUUUUAUCCUUGCGACGUUCUCCACCAUGGCCCCCACAAUCCGAGGCCCGUCCCUAGUCCUUCUCCGCAAUUUGCCCUCGAAAACACUACCCGGUCGCCAACUACAACCUCGACGACGGCUGCUGUUAGGAGGAUUCACGACACGUCCACGGACAAUUGCCAGCUAUACGCACCGACACCAUGCUUCCGCGAUAUCGGUCCUCCCCACGGCGGUGGAUACAUCCUCCGCUGAUUUUCAGGAGAACGCGGCACAAAUGAACGAGUUGUUGGAGAAAAUGUCGAAGCUGCACGAGAAGAUUGCACAAGGAGGACCACAGAAAUCGAAGGAGAAACAUCUGGCACGAGGAAAGAUGCUGCCUCGAGAUCGAGUGUCGGCGCUUAUCGACCCUGGGACAUCUCUUUUGGAACUCUCCCCGUUGGCGGGAUAUGACAUGUACGGAGAAGAGGUACCGUCUGGAGGAAUCAUUACUGGGAUAGGCACUGUUGAGGGUGUCACAUGCAUGAUUGUCGCCAAUGAUAGUACCGUCAAAGGAGGCACGUACUAUCCGAUCACCGUGAAGAAGCAUCUCCGUGCCCAGGCAAUUGCACAGGAAAACAAACUACCUUGCAUCUAUCUCGUGGAUUCUGGCGGUGCCAACCUUCCUCACCAAGCCGAUGUCUUUCCAGAUAAAGACCAUUUUGGCCGGAUAUUCUUCAACCAGGCAAGGAUGAGCUCACAGGGGAUACCCCAGAUAUCGGUCGUGAUGGGACCUUGCACCGCUGGAGGCGCAUAUGUCCCUGCUAUGAGCGACGAGACAAUCAUCGUCGAGAACCAGGGCACUAUCUUCCUUGCGGGCCCUCCACUUGUCAAGGCAGCGACGGGAGAAGUGGUGUCCGCAGAAGACCUAGGCGGUGGACAUCUACAUAGCACGGUGUCCGGUGUCACGGAUUAUCUGGCGGUUGAUGACGCACACGCCCUCGUUCUUGCGCGCAGGUGCAUAUCAAACCUGAACUAUCCCAAGGCCUCUUUCCCUCUACAGUCGACUACGCAGGCCAUUAAGGAACCUCUCUACGAUCCAGAGGAACUAUCGGGAAUUGUGGGCACAAACCUCCGCCGUCAGAUACCUGCGCAUGAGGUUAUCGCACGAAUCGUCGAUGGCAGUGAAUUCGCCGAAUUCAAACGUGACUAUGGCAGCACCCUGGUCACUGGAUUCGCCCGAAUCUAUGGAACCCAGGUUGGCAUUGUUGCCAACAAUGGCAUCCUGUUCUCCGAGUCCUCACUCAAAGGAGCUCACUUUAUUGAGCUCUGCGCCCAACGAAACAUCCCACUGAUUUUCUUGCAGAAUAUCUCGGGGUUCAUGGUCGGUGCUGAUGCAGAAAGAGGCGGUAUUGCCAAAAAUGGCGCCAAGCUAGUCACCGCUGUCGCCUGUGCCGAUGUUCCUAAAUUUACUGUCGUGUUCGGUUCCAGUGCCGGUGCUGGCAAUUACGGAAUGUGCGGUCGGGCUUACUCGCCCCGUCUUCUCUUCAUGUGGCCCAACGCCAAAAUCGGCGUUAUGGGCUCUGAGCAACUAUCUGCCGUCAUGGAAGCAGUUGGCCGUACUGCAGACCCCGCUCUGAAAGCUCGUAUCGAUCUGGAGUCCGAAGCGACCUUCUCCUCUGCUCGUCUAUGGGAUGAUGGCGUCAUCCCUCCGUCCCAGACCCGACGAGUCCUGGGUCUUAGCUUAGCGGCAGCUCUAGGAGGAAAUGUGGACGCCGACGUUCAGACAAAGUUCGGUGUCUUCAGGAUGUAAAAAUUCCUUUUCAAGCGACGGUGCGGUUAUUUGUCAAGGAUAUCUGUCCGGUGCAUCUUUGCGUAGCAGAACACGCGUCGUGCCUAGCAAUCCAUAAAGAAAGCAUAGAUUUCAAACAUGCCAUCAAAUCUAUCUUUUCGCGGACGAUAUGACUAUGAAACGCUCCAAUGGACUAUAAAAGAUAAAGAUCUAUUAUUGUACUUAAACCAAAACGAAAAUGAAAUAGCUUUUCUGAUGCUCGACAGAUGUGAAGAGGCUCAAAACAGACAAAAUCUCUAAGACGUUAACCACAUCUCAAAUCGUCAGAAAUUAAAUCAUGGACAGGAUGGA